UGACCCGACGUAUCCGAGACAGAUCAUCCCCGAACGUUUCCUAGCGUUGUGAUCCCUGAUUUGAUCCCCGGUUUUCUAGAGCUGUCAGCUGACAUCUUGACCGCCUCGGCCAUCCGGCCUUAUUAAUUUAUACGACCUGAAGACCGAACAGUUAAGGUUUCAGUCUACCAUUCUGAGGAACCCGAAAACGAAUAAUCCGGACGGGUAGAAAAACCAGAGGAAAAUGAAGGUGCUCCGUCCUGGAUAUAUCCGAUAUCCGUCCGUCCCUAUCCGGCUGUCCCAUUGUGGGCAUGGCCGAAGGCGCAAAAUCUACGAUGGGCUUCAUUAAAAGAACCUCUUAGUGCACAGAGGGCAGAAAGAGGGGGGAAACUAUAUCAAGGAGAGUUACUAUCAACGUUUUGGUGUGUACGGGACAGUAGCUGACGCUUAAUCAUCCCGCCAGACGGCGGACAAGCAGGCAAUCGUAUCGUCUUGUCAGGUUUUUGUCACUGAAAACGAUGUUAUCCAGCUUAGUGAAGGAACAUCAGCAACGCUAUAUAGUAAGAAGAGAGGAGCAAGAAAAGAAAAGGAAAGAAGCUAUCAUAGCAGCUAAUAAUUUGACAUCAGCAUUAGUGGAUCAUUUGAAUGUUGGAGUGGCUCAGGCAUAUUUGAAUCAAAAAAGGCUAGAUGCUGAAGCAAAACAUCUCCAUGCAAAUGUGACGCAUUUUGCCAAACAGACAGCGCAGUGGUUACAUCUUGUAGAAAGUUUCAAUCAAGCAUUAAAAGAAAUAGGAGAUGUAGAGAAUUGGGCAAAAAGUAUAGAAGCAGAUAUGAGAACAGUUUCAAGUGCUUUGGAAUAUGCCUAUAAAGUUGGUCAAAGUGCUGCUUGAAAAAUGGAUGAAUAUACAAUAAGUAAUUUGUUAUUAACAGUAAUGUAAUAUGUAAUCCAAAUGUGUAUGAUAUUUAUUAAUCUAAAAAUAUAAAUAAUAAAAAUAAUCUGAUAAAAAAUUA